UAAGAUAACAGACAAGGGCUAUGGACAGAUCCUACUAGUCUGUCUUUUGGCCAGAGGAAUCUUGGACUGCGACUUACAGUCCCAGAGACUGGAAUAUAUCUCAAGACUUCCGGAAGGAUUGACAGAGAGGUAUGACGACAUCAUGUAUUACAUCGAGAAACGCCACGCUUGGGAACACGCACGCAAAGCUUUUAUGUUUAUGUUAGCCUCCUCGAAGCCGGUCACAUCAAGUCUUCUGAUUGCCGCAAUUGCGCAAGAUGUAAAUACAACAAACAUCCAGCUCCCUCCUCGUGACUUGAACGCGCAAGAUACUUUCCAAUUCUCCCACGGAUCGGCUGGAGAGUAUUUAAAAAAUAGUUUUAGCACCGGAAUGUGUAACUUGUACUUGGCAAAACAAUCAAUGAUAGUUUUGAGUGACACAAGUUACUGCGAAAAGGCCUUAGACCCACAAAAUGGGCUUAUCGCUGUCAGACCACUCGUCAUCCACUGUUUGUUCUCUUGGAUGUUGUUCGUCAGGUCUUUGGGAAACAAGGCUACCUCUGAUCCUCAAAUACUAAGCCUCCUUCAGAGAUUCUUUCUGCCCCGAAAAUCAAGAUCUGGAUAUACUCUCUGGCAUGAGAUGUGUAGGAAGACCGUUCAUGAGGUUAUGGAUAUAGGAUCAGUAUUUGAAGAACAUUGGUGCUGGCUCUCUGAUGUUCUCCGCUCCCAGUCUUCUCCGGUAUUUUUGCUUGGUGCCUUUGGUCUGAGCUCGGUCAUCGAAAAAAUUGGUAAAAAGUCCAAUUGGGAGUGGAAUGAGGUGAACGACGACGGUGAAACAUGCUUUAGUUUAGCAGUUAAAUACCGUCAUAUUCAUACCAUUCGGACAUUUCUGGACCGAGGUAUGCCCGUGCGACCCUGUGACUUCUCCAUGGUGCUCCGAGAUAAAGAUCACCACAUGGACAUUGCUCUUCUAAUAUGUAGAGCUCCGCAUAUUGCAUUAGGGAAGCUGUUAAAUACCGAAACCCUCAUAGCUGCUGCGUGGAACUUUGCUUAUCGGGGAAGAAUACUACGGCAGUUAGUAUGCCAUUGGCCUCCUACUGUACCAAUUGAGAUAAGCAAGGAGUUAGUUUGGGCAUUCGCGAUUCAUUAUGAUAUCAAGUUCGAUAAGUCAACGAAAUACUUAGAAGCCCUUGUGAGGAACAACAAAAUUCUAAUUAAUGAGGAGACAUUGCCGAUCAUUGCGGCUGAAUGGAGUUCGAGCAUAAUGGGUAUAGUUCUUUCACGAUCUCCCAAACUGGCUUCACGAAUUUCUUCAAAGUUAUUGUUCGCUGCUGUCAAAAAUAAUGCGGAUGGGCUACGAAUGCUAGAAGUUCUUCUAAGACAUAGUCAUAAAGUUAUUCACAUGACACUCGGACAGAAACUACUUACAAGAGCUACAAGGAAUGAGCUUUGGGGCGAUUCAUUAGUUGAGCUUUUUCUUUGUGUCAACAAGAAGAUUUGCGUCACUGGGAUAGAUCUGGUAACUGCAUCGACGGUUGAAAAACACGAAAAAGCUUUGCUCACACUGCGAGCUCUUCUCAAAAAGUGCAAUCACGAUGUUAUUACGCGACAUGUUUUACAAAAUAUCAUCAACAAUACAAAGGACUGGAGUGACCAGUCAGUGGAAUGCCUUGAAAAGAUGAUCUGGAAAUCUAAGGGAUUCAACUAUAAAGGCGCGGAGCUCAUUUGGGCUGACGUGGAGGGAAAGUCUGGACACACAGCAUGUGAACAAUUGCAUGAUAUUCGAACUAAAAGGGGGGAAUGCUUAAACACAUCAAGCCUGCUUAAACGCUCGUAUCGCAUAGGCAAGUGCCGCGUAUAUAUACCAAAGGUGCAUAUGUGAGAGUCCAAAGAGCCAGGUCGAUCAAUUACAUAUAUUCGAUACUAGUUAGAGAAGUACGAACGUACUGAUGAUGAUCAAUUAAUAGUGAAGGUAACUCUGUAUCAACAAUCUCGGUUGAUCACGAAAAACU